AGCCAUACCCUGGGCUCCCACAAAAUGUUUUACAGUGAAACCAAUUAUUAGCACAAACACUUGGAAUCAAAACAAAGUGGUGAUAUUUGCUGUGAUAGUGCUAUUCCCAGGUUCAGCCAAAAUGAUGAUCAUGCUCAAUAAUUUGAAAGAAGAACAUUGAAAAUAAGAAGACCAGAAAAACAAAUAGUAAGUGCAUACAUUUAUGUAUGUAACAUAUGUUGAUUCUGCUCAACCUAGCAUUGCACAGUCUGUGCAUUAAUAUGUGACUAAUUAACAAGUUCUAGUGACUGCAGACUAUUUGACCUACUAGUAAGCUACUACAGACUAGUAGUUUUAGGUAGCAAUGUCCAACACACUAUGACACUUACUAUUAAUUACAGUAGUUACAGUGAGCCUACAGACUAGGAAUUAUAAGUCCCCAAUUGGAUGUGCCAUGACUUUUUACCUCUUUUAAUUUAAGGUUGAUUCAUUUUAAAAUUUAAAAUAAGGUAAGGUGUUGUACAGAUAAGAUAUUAUUUAUUAGUUGGUUAUAAUUUAAUAUCUCUUUUUUAGAGCCUGUAUUGUUUUUAACCCAGGGUGAAAGUUAUUUGACUUUGUGAGAUUCAAUGUUAGAAUGUAUUAUUUUUUAUACACUUGCACUAUGCUAAACAUACUCACUUAAUUGUGACCUGACUUGGUAUCAAACAAAGUUCACAUUUAGAGCAGAGGAAACUAAAAUGUAUAGUCUUGAAGAAGGCUGCUAAAAGAAAAUUUAGAAAAUGACUUUUACUUAUUUAACUCUUUUAAUUUCUCUUGUAUAAAAAGUGUAAAUUUAAUUACACAGGUUUUUUUUUACUCAUACCAUUUUGUAUUUUUUAAAGUUUUCAAUAUAUAUUUUAUCACAACUAAAAGAAAAAUAAAAAAUUUAAGAUUUUAAUAAAAAAAUUACUUUUUUCGAGUUUGAAAAAAUGUGACUGACCCGAACGAAUGAUACAUUUUUGCUAGAUGAAGGUCAACCUUGGCUGUUCAAUUUCUACAAAAAUGAAUAUUUCUGAUGAAAAUACUAUUAAAUUUUUAUCUGCAUCUUCUGAGGAUAGAGUUGGGAAUUAGAAUCAAGUGAAUUUGAUUCAGAUUUUUAUGAGAAUCAUCCUUUACAGCCCACUGAAGUUUUAUAUAUUAAAAGGUUAGUUUUUGAGUGUUUCAUCAUUCUAUAUAUUUCUGAGUUUUAUUAAAAUUUUUAUAAAUGUGUCUGUUUAAUUAUUUUUUUAAAAGCAAAUUGAAAUAUUUACUAGCCAUUUUAAAACAAAAUUGCUUAAAUUGCAUCAUUUGAUAAUGUGUGAAUAUUUGAUGGCAUUGGAUAAUAUUGAAGUUGUUAUUUGACUGUUGCUAAGGAAUGUAAACAAAGGAGUUGUAGCUACUUAUGAACAUGAAAUUUGGCAUCUGUGUGUGCUAUCAAUAAAAAAAUUAAAUGAUAGUUUAUUUUAAAGUCAUAAUGGUAUUUACUCAAUAUUGGAAGUUAGGAAAACUGGAAAAGCAAGUGAAGUAUUAGUAGGCAUUUAUACUUUUUAGUUAUUUCAUCCCUCAAAAUAGCAUAUUAGUUAUUCUUUCAUAUUCUCAGGAUAAACUCAUAUGAUGUUCAAGAUGAUGACCUACCAGUUUCCAUUACUGAGUUUUUCCCAGCCAGAAAGCCAGGCCUACAUCUGGAGGAAGAAAUGUCAACAAGGGAUACAGUGAGGUAGUUUCUUCACCAUAAAACUAAAGGCCAUUUCAAAUAUAUUCACAUUGGAUUUGGUUGAAACAUUUGUAAAAUAUACCAUCUAUGUCUCUACCAUGGGACCUUCUAAACCAGCGGUCCUCAAACUACAGCCCAUAGCCAGAACCAACCAUCUUUAACCUGGCCCGCCUGGCAGCAGCAUGGAUAUCAUUUUGUAUAUUUCUGAGUUUUAUUUAAGAUUUUCAAUCUUAAAUGUUAGCAGAAAGGGAUAUUGGCCACCUUUUUAACCAAAUACAGGCGCCUACUUCUGAAUGAAAUAUUUAUAACUUUAUGUUGUUUAAAAGUGUUCUUCAUUUGAAAUAUUGUGGUUUUUUUCCUGCUCAAUACUACUGCAAUACUGUGUGCAGUGGGCAUAGGAAUUCAUUCAUUAUAUUUUCAAAUGAUAGUGCAGCUGCGUGCAGCCCCAAAGUGUCUAAGGGAAAGUGAACCGCCCACCUGAUUAAAAGGUUUGAGGACCCCUGUUCUAAACUUUUCAUCAACAGUGGUUGGUUGAUAUUUCAAAAGAUGAAUUUACAAAUUUCGUGGAAACUUUAAUUUAUAUGACAAACGUCCCCAGUUUACAAAUAUACUGGUCAAAUUUGACACUGUACCAUAGAUUUUGGGCUAAUGCCUUUUUGCACCAAAAAUGAUUUAGUCAUUUAGACUUUCUUCAAAGUUUCUAAUAUUGAAACAAAAAAUAAGGACACAUUGUGCAAACUGAGGUUGUUGUCUGACUUUAUCAGAAGAAAUUUUAAAAAAUCAAAGUGAGGUGAUAUGAGAUUGAUAAGAAAUAAUGAAGUCUAAACUGUUCAGUGGAAAGAUAAUAAAACUGUCUAUCUAUUUCCAAAAUAUGAGACAGCAAAUUGAUUUUCUUAUGUGAACAAUAGAACCAAAACUAAUGGUAAAUUGAGACAAUGAAAUAUUGUCAAAUUAAACAAUUUAUUUAUGUGUGGUGUUUACCAGUUGAUAAAUGGAUAUAUCCCUCUUAGAAAAACAGUACUGGUUAAUCUCUUUAUUCCAUUUUGUUGAUAUUCCCAGCUAUAAUCCCUUUUAGGAGUGGAGCAAAGAAAAACUCUUGCAUGGAUGAACUACAGCCACCAAAUUGCUGACUCCAGUUUGAUUUCACAGAAGAACUUAUUCGAGCUUUAAGUGAUUUACUAAAACUGAUAUUGUUCCAGGUGCCUCAAAUGUAAAUAACAUAAAAUACAAUAGAAUACAUCCAUUAGCUGCUGAAUGCAGUUUUUAAUAGAAAUUGUAAACUGUGCUAUAAAUUUGAAAUGAAAUUUUAAAAAAAUUAAAAAUCAACAAUCAAAAGUAGUAUAUGUGACACUUAACUUUGUUUUUAAUAAACCAAGAAACUGUCUAAUUGAGUAGUAUAAAAUUUGAAUUGUCUACUGAGAUGUUUUCUUGUGUUUAAAUAAUUUUGAACAGGUAAAAUAAUAAUAAGCUGUAAAUGUACUGGGGUGGUGAAUUUAUGUAACACAUUAUUUUCCCUUUUUGACACUUAAAACUAUUAUAUUUAUUGUUAAAAUGCUCGUAAAAUGUUCUGAUUUUGUUUACAUAGCAUACAAAAAUGAAUUUUCUUUCUUGAAUAAACAGAUUUUAUGAAAAAAUUACAGAAAUUUUUUUCUUUUUCUUCUUUUCACCUGAUCACCAAAAAAAUUAAUUAUGCAUCAGUGUAUUGAAAAAUGGCCAUAUUUUUCUCACAACUUCAAAGUGUUGUAUGUUUAGAAACAAAUAUAUGUAGAAGCCUCAUGCAUUUCCCUACAAUUUUAUAGAGAGUAUCAUGAACUUUAGGUAUGGUUUUAAAAGUUAUUGACACUUUUGUAGGGUUACUAGAAAUCUUAAGAAAAAAAAGCAAACAUUCAAGGAAGGAAAGGAGGGAGUUCAUAUUAGUUUUAUUUGAUGUUGAUUGUAUCAAAAUAAUGAAAAUAGAUAGAGGCUAAAAAAAAAAUGACAACUAAAGUGCUAGUUAUUUAUAAAUAUUUAGGCCUAAGUUUAUAUAGAUUAGUCUUACCAAUACAGAGUUUGGUUCUACAUUGUAUAGGCAGUAUACAAAAAAUUGAUUGAAAAUAUAUACAUGUCUCUAACUAUACACAGAUCCAAUGCUGAAACCUUGUUAAACAUCCCCUGGACAAAAGGUUACCAUAUAACAUACUAUGAGUAAGCAACAGACUUGCCUUUCCUUACUCCCGGCAUGGCAAGCAGCAAAAGUGCCCUCAGAGGUCUUCUGUCAAGAAAGAUGUGGACAUAAUGCUGUCUGCAUAAAUAAUGAACUAAUCAUCUGGGGAGGAUACAAUGUUAGCUCAAAGUUUCUUUUGUAUAUUCUAGAACUGAUUCUUAAAACAUUUUCUUUAAACAUAUUAUUCUACUAUCUUGUUUUUGCUUUUUUUUUUUUAAUUCACUGCAAUAAUUGUAAUAAAAUUUGUUGAGAUCAUUAAGCUAAGAAUUGUCAUUGUAUAUUUUCAAGGAAUUCUCCAACAACUUUAGCUGUGCUGAUGUCUUGAAUGUAAAAAUAUAUGGAUUUUGAAACUAAUCUCUUUCCUAUAGAAUUUAGCUGACAAUGGAGCACAAUACUGUCCCACAAAUGUCCUUUGGAGCUUCAGCAUUGAGUUGGAUCGCUGGUAUGAAUCUGAUAAUGUAAUUAGCUUCUCAAGUCCCAACAGUUAUUUUGUUUGAUAAAUCUCUAAGUUGUAGAUUCAUAUUUUUGGGGCCUAUGUUUAUCGAUGAAUGAUUAAAUUGAAAAGAAAAUGUAAACAUCCAAUAAGACAAAUUAAAUACUCUUUAAAAAUGAAUGGCCCUUCCAUCAGUGAUACAAAUAUUGAGGCCCUAUUCAUGUAUCAGUCCAAAAAUCUCAGAAGCAAUUUUUCCUACCAGUAUUUGUAUUUAUGGCAUGGUUGAAACUUGCAAUAGUCACCCAAUAAAUAUGGCCUAUGCCUUAACCAAUGGUGCAGGACUCUCUUUUGCUAUUUGUAUGCCUUAAGUCAGUCAUUUGUAUUGUUUCAUGAUUUUGCAGGCUUUGUGUGAAAACAAGUGCAGAAUUACCAGAGUGUAGCUCUGGAGCUUGCAGUGCCAUUCUUUGGCCCUACUGGUAUCUUUUCUGUGGGCACAAUUACAAUGGAAACUCCAAUUCCAUUAGUAGGAUUGAUCUUUGUACUCUGAAGUGGGAAUGUUUGAAAGUAUCAGGAAAGAUAAUCUCUCCUAGGGACAAAGCUUCGUCUUGGGUCUUUCUAAAAAAGUGAGUUUUUUGUGAGUUUUUUUUCAUCUACUGAUUGUUUCUAAUAUCGUUCAGAUCUGUGGAAUCUCUACUGGGAUUAAUAUAUAACUUUAUGAGGCUUUAUUUACCUAAGCUGUUUGGAUAAAGGUAUAUGAAUUUCUUUGUUUUCAGGAUAUAUUGCUUUGGUGGCUUUGGUCCAAGACUCGACCAUGACUUCCUCUGGUGUCCAGAUGAAGAUACAUUCACCGAUGACCCUGGUGUAAGUUUACCAGCAGAAGCUGAAAUUUCAAGAAUGUUUUCUUUGUGAAGUACACUUCUUUCUUGUGGUGAAGUAUUCAUCUGUUUUUAAUCACUAAGGACUAAAUAUAUAAUCAGUAAAUUUAAAGCCAAUGACGUCCAUUUUUGUUUUUGUAUAUUAUUCAGACUUCUUUCCUCGGUUUUGGCCUUUUUGUCUUUAGACAUACCGGGUAUUUUUAUAAGGAUUCCUAACAUAUCCAAAUUUCAACUCUUUAUUUUCUUAUGUCACAUUUCUUAACACACUUUUAUGUCCCUUCUUACAAUUUCUACUUAAUAAUUUGUAUUUACUGACAUUCCCGUUUAUUCACUUCCUGUUGUGGUUUGAAAUACUUGUAGAGUAUCAGUGUAAUGUGUCGUUCAGCUUCUAGGUGCACAAUUUUAAUUUCAUUAUGGCAUGACGUAUGAUCUGUCCCAACUUUGUCUAAAUUACAGUCUCUCAGGGGUUGGAAUGACCAACUUGUUUAUUUCGACACAGAGAAACUGGAAUGGGUGUUGGUUCACUGUCAGGUUUGUAUUUCUUAUACAACUUACAUCAACUCAGCUGUCACCAUAGCUUAGAUUUUCAAAGAUGUCGAUCUCAAAAUGUCAAUGUGGAAAAUGUCACAAACUAAUUUCUAUACAUUUUGAAAAAUUAUACUUAAUUUAAACGCCUAUGUUUUGUUUUCUAUUGGUGCAAAUACAGAUACAUAGAAAAAUUGUUUUUUUGCGAUAAUUACUUUUAUGAUAAUGAUUGAUUGUAUUGAUGAUUGUUCAUAAAAAUGAUUGUUCAUAAAAUGAUUGGACACAAUAAUCUCAUGUAUUAAGAUAACUGAGUAUCAAGAGCAAUAAAACUAUAAUGUACAAGAAAGAAUGUGUGAAGGCAUGUUACACAUCAAUGAAUGAUAAAAUAUUUUUUUUACAAACCCAAUGUCGUACAAUGGGUGCAAGACAAGAUAAUAAUAUUUUUGUGUGGCGUAGAAUGAAAUAAUAAUAAACUUGAUGCGAGCAACUGUGAGGCCAUAAAUUUAUCUAACUUAUUUACUGCUAGUAUUUUAUUUCAUAGUGAUGCAGUUUGUGAAAUGCUUUUUACUAUUUCUUUUACAACUGCCUCCCUGUCUUGAAUCCACCAUCCAGUUUAUUAAUGCUGUGUUAUCGUCGACAGGGAGAAAAGCCGAGCAGUCGAGCAGCACAUGCCACUGUAUGCAUUAACACAAAAGUUUACUUGUUUGGUGGUCGGCACUCAACUCACAGACUCAACGACUUGCAUUGUUUAGAUCUAGAGUCUCACACUUGGAGUGGAAUGUAAGUUCUUGUCUUUAGUUUUCACCACUUGUUUUAUUAUAGUCAUUUUUAUACCUUAAAAAAAUGUGGUUUUGCUGCCACAAUGUACUGCAGUGCAACCCAGGGCAGUUAAUUCUAAAGUAUUUGUAAUUUAUGGUGCAGACUGUUUUUUAAUUUAAAUAAGAUGAAUAAAAAUGGAAAAGUGCUUGUGUGCAAUUAAUUUGGAAAAAUUAUAAAGACUUAUGCAUGGAUCCUAAAAAGAAAGAGAAGAGUCCUAUGUAACCACUGGACUAUGAGCUCAGCUAAAUGAUUUCAAAGACAUGCACACCAUUAAAAACAAUGUAAUGCAUGUACAUUUCAUUUAAAAAAAAUUAAAUGUAUGGUCAAGUUUUAAAAAAGUUUCCCCUAUUCAAUAACUAAGUGUAGUUUGUUGACAAAGUCACUCACAGUAUUGAGACUACUUACUGAACUAUGUUUUUUUUUUUCCUUCACUGAACUAUGUUUUUUUAUUUCCUUCAUGUUACUGGAACACAACCAACACUUAAUUGUUUUUCAUGUUAGGAUAUCCUGUACAGGAAAUAUCCCAGAGAAAAGAUCAUGGCACAGCAUGACCCAUGUCGGUAAAAAUGAAAUAAUGAUGUAUGGAGGAUUCAGUGGUUUUGAAAUUCCGUUAGGUAAAUGUUGCUUUUAUUUUUUCCCCUUCCAUAUGUUGAUUUAACUCAAUAUUAUAACAUUAUCGCCUGUUCAGAAAGUUAACAUAAAUGCCGCAUUGAGUUUGUACUGUUCAGUUAUACAUUAGACUUAAAAAAUUUAGAACAUGAAUUAAAAUGACAUCUUUUUUUUUAAUAGCUUUUUUUAAUGGUUAAAAAAAAGUAUGGUCAAUGUACAGGUACAAGUGGGUCAAGACGCAACUGAGGGGAAAGUUGGGCAUGGUGGGGAAGUGGGUCAAGACACAACUGAGGGGAAGUGGGUCAAGACACAACUGAGGGGAAAGUUGUUAAUGAUGGGGAAGUGGGUCAAGACACAACUGAGGGGAAAGUUGUGAAUGGUGGGGAAGUGGGUCAAGCCGUCUACAAAAUUUAAAAUAGUUACAAGGAUGUAUCUAGAUAUUAGAAAUAAUAGCCAUUCUCUCUUUUCUUUUUAAUUUUAUGCCUACACAGUUACAAUCAUAAUUUUAAAAUUGGUUGCCACAAAUACUUAAUCAAGAUACCCCAAACAUUUGCUUUAUGUUUCAUUAUUUUAAACAGAUGACAUAUGGAUGCUGAAUGUUGAAUCUUUUAGUUGGACAUCAAUAAAGCACUCUACAGGACUUCCCAGACUAUGGCAUACAGCUAGCAUCAACAGCCUCGGUGACAUCUUGAUCUUCGGAGGAUGUUCUAAUAAUAUUUUAGAUAUUGAAGCAAAUCUGGUGAAUAUAAUUUUUUUAAACUCAGAAGUAAUCUAAACUUUUAUUGAUUUAUUACCUUCUUCAUUCCUUAAAAACAAUAAUAUAUUAUAAUAGCCAGGCAUCACAUACUAAUUUAUCUUCUAGUGGGGGCUAAGCUCUCGCUCUUUAUGGCCCUGGCUCACACAGGUAUCAAGCUCCAUCUGCUUGGCUCUACCUAACAACAUCUUAUGAACUUGGGUCUUGCCAGGCACCCUGGCCUCCCCAAUUUCAAGUUUGGGUACAAAGUCAACAGGGAUCUGUCCAUAUCUGAGUUUUGAGGCUCUGAUAUUGGUGUCUCAGUUUUCAACAUGGAUGGGGUGGAGCAUGUUAAGCCAUGUACACCUCUAGCCUUUCUGCUACAUUAAGAGACCCUGGCCUGUAGGGCUGCAGGUGGACAAGUAGUUGAGCACAGCCAAGUACUCAGUGCACGUCUUACUAAUUUCACCCAGCUCCAAGACAAAGUGGGGAGGAGUUUUUGCAUCUCCUUCCUGAAGUGGGUAAAGGAAUGAGUCUGGUUGUUUCUUAAUAUAGCUGCCAUCUCAUGUAAUCAAUUAGCCUAAAAUGUUUCAGACACAAAAACUUCUAGGGACUACUUUUUGGGUCUUGCCAAACUACAAGAGAAACAAUUUAUCAAUAUAAAGAAAUAUUUCCUAUGUACAUUCAAUUAGAAAAAAUAAAAUUGAACUUGACUACAGAAAAUUGACUCCAUGUUGCAUCUUUUCAGAGGUGUCAUAAACUCAUGGGAUAAUCUAUCACUGAUCAAAUUUUGUUGUUUAAAAUUAGAAUAAUCUAUAAUCUCUUCAAAAUUGUUUUCAAAAUAAAUUUUUCAUUUUCUAUGCUGUUUACUUCCAUACUCAAAGCUGAACUUUUGCAAAUUUUAGCUAAUUAGCAGGUUUUAUAUAUUUUAUAUCAUAAUUUUGUCUUUUCUCUUCUGAUACUAUAGAGAUAAUAUAAAUUGUAAAUUUUCAACAUUUUAAAAAAUAUCUGAUAUCUGUUCUUGAAAAUGCUAAAGGAUGAUGAAAGUAUUACCAGGUUUUACCAAAUUAUUAUUUUAAUAAAAUUCUCUUUUUUGUUCGGCUAUAAACCUGCUAAUACUUGAAGUGUAGAAGCAUUUUGAUAACUGCCAAAAAAUCUUUAUCACACAUUAUCAAAGAUGUUUGUUUUACCCUCAAAGGAAACCAGCGACAAAGUCAUUUUAAUCAGAACUGAACCUUUUUCAUUAGAAAGGUAAGAAAUCUUUUUGGUUAAAUUAAUGGAAAUCUUUUUCUUUUUUUUUUAACGUGGACAUUAUAAAAGGCUUAAGUAAAGGGAGAGAAAAAUGUUGGUUUUCAUUAUAUCUAAUAAUCCUAUUGAAUUGCAUUUUUAUCAGUCUAAAACAAUGGGGAUUAAAAAUUAAUAGUUAACUAUAAAAAAAAUCAAUAAAUCAAUUUUUUAGUAAUAGAGCAUAAUCUCAUCAUUGUACCAAGCAAAAAAAAAAAAUCCAUUUCAUAGAUUUUGAAUAUCCAAUCACUUGAUAAUGAUUGAUUACUUAUGUAGCGCUAUUUUAGCAUGCUCACAUCGCUAUGUUAUAAAAUCUAUUUAAAGAAAAAGGUAUUAAAUGUUUCUUGAAUAAAAUUCUUAAUUGAAAGGUGUUUUUUUUUUUUUUUUAUGUAUAAAUGUUGCUCGUUAGUUUCUUCUGCUGAUUUUAGUUUUGCUAUGUUGCCAUUUUUAUCAUGAUGAUGUACUUAUAUUUUUGGUCAAAGUUAAAGGUUGUCACUAUAGGACAUAUUUUUUUUUUUGUAAUGGGGCCUAACUGUGUAAUCUCUAAAUACAAUGCUCUUCCAACAGUUUUCUCCCUAAGUGCUAGUUGAAUUUUACCAGUUGAUAUCUUGUUCAAACUUAUGUAUGAAAAUGCUAAUUUUUAACAUACAUAUUCAUUAUAAUUUUUAAUGCAUACUGAAUAAUUAAAAAUGUUUUCCCCUGAAUUGUGGGAUGUUUUUUAUGAAAGUUAGUAAUCUUAGAAGGGCUCAAGCUUUCUAGACUAGAAACUUGAGAGUGGUUCAUGAGUGUUGAUAUUAAAAAUUAAAAUUAUUUCUCAUCUGCUCAACCGUGUGAAAUGAAAAUUUAGUGAAAAAAAUAUAUUUCAAUGGCUAAGCAUUUACAAAAUGACUUGAGUGUGUUUAUAUCCAUAAUUGUCUAGAUCAGGGGUCAUCAAACAUUUUUAGCCAUUACCACAAAAUAUAUACUUUUAUGUCGCAGUUACCCCAGAUUUGAAAGGAAGAAAAGCUUAGAUUUAGACUUUUUAAUUUCAAAAUAGUUUAUUUAUAGGGAGAAUACAAAUCUACGUAUCAAAGAAAAAAAUGAAUUUGAUAUAGUAAAUUUAAUAAAAAUCCUCAUUAUGGAACAAAAAGUUUCUUUGAAGAAAAAAAAUUUACUUCAAUUUUUUUUAAAGAUUGCGUUUCAUUUUUAUACAAUUACAUAAAAAUUUUGUUCAUUUUUUAAAAUUUGGAUAAUGAUAAAUAAUUGAUUUCUAUUUUUAAAAAUUUUCAUUUGAGUUAAAAAUUCCCAAAGGCAACAACUUUUUGACUGCCUCAUGAGCUAUUUGAAAACCCCAUAAGCAGUAAUGUCACUAGGAGUGCAGGGAUGUAGACCAUACUGGGGACAUCCUCUCAGGGGGUAUACACCCUCACAGAGAAUAAGACCUAAUGAAAAUAAGUCACUUUGACAAAGCUCAAUCAAGUCAGUUUUAUAACCCAACUAAGUUAAUACAAGAGUAAGGUGUCACCUGUCAACAGAGAAGGGUGUCACCUGUCAACAGAGAAGGGUGUCACCUGUCAACAGAGUAGGGUGUCACCUGUCAACAGAGUAGGGUGUCAACAGAGCAGGCUGACUCGGAGGAGGUCCAUGAGGAAGUCUGGAUGGGGUGACACUAUGAAAUGACCCUACUGGGCGGAACCAAUUCCGAGACACUGGGGAUAAGAUUAAAUAGGUGACUAGGCAAAAGUGAUGUAUACAAGGCGAGACGUGAACACUUGCUGCGGUGCCACUGGUAACCACAUGUUAUUGGGUGCAUUUUGUUUUUACACUGCCAGAUGCAGUAUUGUCAGAAAAAAAUGUUUUGUAAAAAUACAAUUCAUAUAUAAAUGUAUUUGUCUGUUGAGCCCUCAUUACCGCCAAGAUUUUCCAUUUUUACCCCAUUUGAGGUAAUUUACCUCAAUUCACAGACCACUAUCCGACCACUUUUCUAAUGCAUUCAAUACAAAAUUUAUUUCAGGCUGUGCUUGCAUUCAGUGUAUAAAAACAAAAAAUAUACUUAUGAAGGAUGGAACCUACUCCCCAAGUGUCUGCAAGAGUGGCUUCGGUUGAAAUCUGCUGCUGAUCAAGAUAAGAGUUAUGCCUUUAGAAGUAAUGUGUUGCUAGGACUUGGUCCAAGUCUUUCAGAUCUUGCUUUGCUCUCCGAAGAAGAGGCUGAAAAAUGUAAGCUAGCUUUGAGGCUUAUUGUGUAAUAGUAAUUUAGUUAACAAAUAAACAAUUAGGAAAUAUACAAUUCACAUGUUGAAAGUGAAAAUAAUAAAAGCAUGCCAGUGAUGUCAUGACUUAAUGUUUGUUUGCGAUUUGACAGACUGGAAAAUGUCUAACAUUAUUCUUUCACUCAUUAGAAAACAUGCUUCUAGAAACGUUACGUUUAACUAAUAAUUUUUUAAAUUUUGAUUGUCCUUAGACUAAGUUGAAGAAUCAGUUCUGUAUAAUCUGCAACUAUGCACCAAAAUCUUGUAAGGCCAAAGUGUUCUAUUAAUUGUAAUAACUCGGUUCAUCUCCUUGAGUAAAAUUUGUAAAAAGUUGCAAUAAAUGCUUAAAUUUUUUAGAAAAUGUAAAGCAAACAAACAAUUUUGAAUUUGAAUACAUGCAUUUAAUAUGAUACAAAAGCAUUUACAAUGCAUUCAGUGAUGUUAGGCAUCUAAACUUCUUACAUUUGUAUGAAUUUAUGUGAAACUUCUGAAUUCACAGUGACAUAAUCAGUAUACCUGGAUUUUUUUUUUGUCACAUUCAAUCAUGUGUAGACCAUAAAUAUUUUUUAUUCAGCAAUGGUGUACCAGUAACAGCAUGUUGUAAAGAACUGUUCAUUUAUGAGACGUGUGUUGAUUGGGUCAGCAGGGAUGUGUCAUCAUGUUGUAAUUGUUCAUUUAUGAGAUGUGUGUUGAUUGGGACAGCGGUGAUGUGUCCACUGGUUGUAAUUAAUAACUGUUCAUAUAUGAGAUGUGUGUUCAUUAUGUCCAUCAAUGAUGUUCCAGGAAGUUGUUUUGCAGUGAACCAUUAAUGAAAAUCCUUUCUGACCUCUCAGACAAGAGACAAGUGCAAUGAAUGGUGAAAUGAAUUGAGGUGAGGCAAGACAUUAAGUUUAGAUUCAGCCAAUUGUUGUUGUUUUGUGUAUGGUUUGCCAGCGUAAGGCCAAGAUCAACUACUGCCACUGUAGCUGUAGCGUGGCGUUGAGAUCCACUUUUUGUCACAAUGUUUCAUAACUGAUUUUAUUUUCACACUGGAUUUCAUUGAGUGAUUAAACUUACAUUAUGUUUUUUCUUGUGAGAGGUCAAAUAAAAAUUUGACGAAAAAUGAAAAUAUUGUUUACGUCCUUCUUGCUAGAUAGCUAAACAUUUAUGUAUUUGUUCCUAGCAACUUUUCUACUUCAAGAACUAUUUUAUUCUGUGAAAUCUCAUGUUUUGGUCAAUGUGUCCCUUCGGAAGUUAAAACAUAAAUUUGAUUACAGAAUUGGGAAGUUACUAUG